GUCUGCUUGUCUGCUUACUGCCGUGACGGCGGCAUCAAUUUCUGAAUUAAUUACCAUUUGUCGCAAAAACUGCGCGUCCUUUAUCUUUUUUGAUCAAAAAACUUAGCUUUUAUUUUAAAUUGUGAUAAAUAGUGAUCCAAAUGGCAUCAGAUGAUGAGGUGGACGGUUCUUUUGCAGGUGAUGAGGACGUGGAGGAAGGAGAGGGUCAGAAUGAAAAUUCUGGUGAGAGUGAUGAGGCACUGAUGGCAAAGGAAGAUGAUGAUUAUUCCCCUGAAGAUGGCAGAAAAAAGAAAAAAGGUAAGAAGAGAAAGGCCCGUGGAGAAGAGAAAAAGGGAAGAAAGAAAAAGAAGAAGAGGAAGAAUGAAAGUGAAGAGGAUGAUGAAUUCGGUUUGGAAAUCGAAGCAGAUGGUGAUAGUGACUUUGCUUUGAGUGCAGUCUCUAGCAAGAAGUCCCGUAAAGGUCGAGGCAGCAAACAUAGCACACCCGCUACCCCGGUCGCUUCUGACUCGGGAUCUGGAAUGCCCACUGUAGAAGAGGUUUGCUCAUCCUUUGGACUCGCAGAUGUGGACAUCCAGUAUACAGACGCCGAUCUAGAAAACCUUACGUCAUAUAAGUUGUUCCAGCAACAUGUACGCCCAUUGCUGGUCAAGGAGAAUCCUAAAGUUCCAAUUUCAAAACUAAUGAUGCUGGUGGCAGCGAAAUGGCGACUGUUCUGUGAAUCGAACCCCAAUCUCGGUGGUGGGACUCAAAACAUUGGCUCCGAGGACAAUACGAACACGUCCACUGCAUCCGAUUAUGCGCCGAAGUCUAGAUCGAGUCGCCCUGCUAAGGAGUCUAAGAAUGAAGAUGCGGCAGAAGAUCCAGAGGAAGAGGAUGAAGAAGAAGCGAGCGAUGAAGGCACACCGGCGCCUCGUAAACGCGGCCGUAAACCGAAGCACGCGGCCGGCGCCACGCCGCGAGGGAAACCGGGGCGCAAGCCUAAAGUACCCACGCUCAAGAUCAAGUUCAGUAAGAGGAAGCGCACCAGCAGCGUGAGUACCAGCCCUUCGAAUGAGGACGAUCAAGAAGGUAGUGCUGGUGCGAAUAGCGAUUCAGACGCAGAAUUCGAACAGAUGUUAGUCGAAGCUCAAGCGCAAAUGGACGCGACCACUCAAGCUCCGAAAGCGCAAACUUCGAAAGCUGCCGCCACGAUCGCUACUGAAGAGAGUUCCGCGCCCAAGGAGGACGAUCCGAAUGCGCCGCAGCAGCCUAGGAAGAAGGCUAAAACCAAGAUCGGCAACAAGAGCAAAAAGAAGAAGAAACUAAAAACCACAAGCAAGUUCCCCGAUGGCGCCGAGGGCGAACAGGAGCAUCAGGAUUAUUGUGAGGUGUGUCAGCAAGGCGGCGAGAUAAUCCUGUGCGACACGUGCCCGCGCGCGUACCACCUCGUGUGCCUGGAGCCCGAGCUGGAGGAGACGCCCGAGGGCCGCUGGUCGUGCCCCCACUGCGAGGCCGAGGGGAACCAGGACCAGGACGACGACGACGAGCACCAGGAGUUCUGCAGGAUCUGUAAGGAUGGCGGCGAGCUCCUCUGUUGUGACUCAUGUCCGUCGGCAUAUCACAGGUUCUGUCUCAAUCCACCAUUGGACGAGGUGCCCGACGGAGAGUGGAAAUGUCCACGGUGUAGUUGUCCGCCAUUGGACGGCAAAGUGGCUAAGAUAUUGACGUGGCGAUGGAAAGAGCAAUCGCCAAAGUCUAAAGUGCCUCGCUCCAGGGAGUUCUUUGUGAAAUGGCAUGAGCGUUCCUACUGGCACUGUAGCUGGGUCUCGGAAAUACAGCUGGACGUUUUCCAUCCAUUGAUGUUCCGGUACUAUAUGCGUAAAUCGGAUCCCGAAGAGCCUCCUAAACUAGAGGAACCUUUGGAUGAACGCGAUGGACGCGUCAAACGAUUGAAAGACAAGACAAAUGACCAGGAUCAAGAUGAAAAGAUGCUGGAGGAGAAAUAUUAUAGGUACGGCGUAAAGCCCGAGUGGUUAGUGGUGCAUCGCGUGAUCAAUCAUCGCACCAGUCGCGACGGAACAACAUAUUUCCUAGUGAAAUGGCGCGAUCUCUCCUACGACCAGGCCACCUGGGAGUCUGAACACGAAGACAUCGCCGGUCUUAAAGCUGCUAUGGAUUAUUAUCAAGAUAUGCGAGCUUACAUCACAUCAGAGGGCAAAACUAAAGGAAGCAAGGGCAAGAAAGUAGGCCGCAAGAGUAAGAAUAAGGAUGUCAUCGACGAAGACGAUAAUAGCAGUGGUCUGCAGAUGAAACCAAGGAAGUACAAUCCACCACCAGAUCGGCCUACCACUAAUCUCAACAAAAAGUAUGAAGAUCAACCUCCUUUUGUUUACGAGACGGGAAUGCAGUUACAUCCAUACCAACUGGAGGGUCUCAACUGGUUACGAUACUCUUGGGGACAAAGCAUCGACACCAUUCUUGCUGACGAGAUGGGUCUCGGCAAAACUAUACAGACUGUCACCUUCCUUUAUUCUUUAUUUAAAGAGGGACACUGCAAGGGACCCUUCUUGGUAUCUGUACCCCUUUCUACUAUCAUCAAUUGGGAGAGAGAGUUUGAGCUAUGGGCUCCCGAUUUGUACUGUAUCACGUACGUCGGCGAUAAAGAUUCUAGGGCUGUGAUAAGAGAAAACGAGUUGACUUUCGACGACGGAGCCAAUAGAGGCGGAAGACCUUCGAAGAUAAAGUCCCAGGUGAAGUUCAACGUAUUACUUACUUCGUAUGAAUUGAUCUCGAUCGACUCGACCUGCCUUGGUUCUAUAGACUGGGCCGUUCUAGUGGUGGACGAAGCCCACAGAUUGAAGAGUAAUCAGUCGAAAUUCUUCAGACUACUUGCUGGAUACCACAUUAAUUACAAAUUAUUACUCACCGGUACGCCGCUGCAGAAUAAUCUCGAAGAGUUGUUCCAUCUAUUGAAUUUCUUAAAUAAAGAUAAGUUCAAUGAUCUCGCCGCUUUCCAGAAUGAAUUCGCCGAUGUGUCUAAAGAGGAACAAGUUAAGAGAUUGCAUGAGAUGUUAGGUCCUCACAUGCUGCGGCGACUCAAAGCUGACGUCUUGAAGAACAUGCCUACGAAAUCAGAAUUCAUUGUGCGUGUAGAGUUAUCGCCAAUGCAGAAAAAAUACUACAAAUAUAUUUUGACGAGGAACUAUGAAGCUCUGAAUCCCAAGGGCGGUGGACAAACCGUAUCUCUUCUUAAUGUAAUGAUGGAUUUAAAGAAGUGUUGCAAUCAUCCCUACCUCUUCCCUGUAGCAGCUGAAGAGGCACCGUUAGGACCUCAUGGCAACUAUGACACGCAAGCUUUGAUCAAAGCGUCCGGAAAGCUCGUUUUGCUAUCUAAAAUGUUGAAGCAACUCAAAGAACAGGGACAUAGAGUGCUUAUAUUCUCGCAGAUGACAAAAAUGUUGGAUAUCCUCGAAGAUUUCUUGGAAGGAGAAGGUUAUAAAUAUGAAAGGAUAGACGGUGGUAUCACUGGAACCAUUCGUCAAGAAGCUAUCGAUAGGUUUAACGCUCCGGGGGCGCAACAGUUUGUGUUCCUGCUGUCGACCAGAGCGGGUGGUUUAGGUAUUAAUUUGGCCACCGCCGACACAGUUAUCAUCUACGAUUCCGAUUGGAAUCCUCACAACGACAUCCAGGCCUUCUCCCGAGCCCAUCGUAUUGGUCAAGCAAACAAAGUGAUGAUCUAUCGAUUCGUCACUAGAAACAGCGUAGAGGAAAGAGUCACUCAGGUGGCGAAGAGAAAGAUGAUGUUAACUCACUUGGUGGUACGGCCGGGUAUGGGUGGCAAAGGUGCCAACUUUACGAAACAGGAGUUGGAUGAUAUUCUAAGAUUCGGUACCGAAGAGUUGUUCAAGGAAGAGGAAGGUAAAGAAGAGGCCAUUCAUUACGACGACAAAGCCGUGUCCGAUCUGCUUGAUCGUUCGAAAGAGGGCAUAGAACAGAAAGAGUCGUGGGCCAACGAAUAUCUCAGUUCGUUCAAAGUCGCUAACUAUUCCACUAAGGAAGGCGACGGCGAAGAGGAAGUUGAUACGGAAAUCAUCAAACAAGAGGCAGAGAACACGGAUCCCGCCUACUGGAUCAAAUUGCUCAGGCAUCAUUACGAGCAACAUCAGGAAGAUCAGGCGCGAACUCUCGGCAAAGGCAAACGAGUACGGAAGCAAGUCAACUACAACGACGGCAGCGUCGCUCAAACAGAGAACAGAGAGGACUCGACGUGGCAGGAGAACGGUUCCGAUUACAACUCGGACUUCUCGCAGGGCAGCGAAGAUGACAAGGAGGAUGACGACUUCGAUGAGAAGAAUGACAAUGGCGAUUUGCUCAGUCGCCGCAGCAAGAGACGGCUCGAGAGACGUGAGGAACGGGACAGGCCUUUGCCUCCGUUACUGGCGCGAGUUGGUGGCAACAUGGAGGUGCUAGGGUUCAAUGCGAGACAGAGGAAGUCGUUCCUCAACGCUAUAAUGCGAUACGGCAUGCCGCCGCAGGACGCUUUCAACUCUCAAUGGCUCGUCAGAGAUUUGCGAGGGAAAUCCGAGCGGAACUUCAAAGCGUACGUGUCGUUAUUUAUGCGACAUCUCUGCGAGCCGGGCGCGGAUAACGCGGAAACAUUCGCCGACGGUGUGCCCAGAGAAGGUUUAUCUCGCCAGCACGUGCUGACGAGGAUCGGGGUCAUGAGUCUCAUAAGGAAGAAGGUUCAGGAAUUCGAGCACAUCAACGGGUACUAUAGUAUGCCUGAACUGGUGAGAAAGCCCGUGGAACCGGUUAAACCGGCUGCCGGAGAGAGUGCAGCAGCCAGUCCGGCUCCUUCUACUGCAACUCCUAUAACUUCUGCCGCCCCUUCACCCGCACCCACUCAGGUGACGCAACCUUCAGGACAAGCUCCCACGCCUAGCGGUUCGGAUAAAGAUGACAAGGAGGAAACUAAAGAGGAGAAGCCCGACGUGAAAGAGGUUAAAGAUGAGCCAAUGGACACAAGUGAAGUGAAAGAAGAGAAGCAGGAAGAGAAGGAGGCGCCCAAAGAGGUGAAGGAAGAAGUCAAAGAAGCAGAGAGACGUAUGUCUGUUGACGAGGAACCGCCGAAGGAGGAGGAGAAAUCUGACGAGAAGAAGACUGAAGAAAAGGAAGCGGACAAAGUAAAAGAGGAGGUGAAAGAAGAGGCAGACAAGAAGGAUGACGUCAAGAGCGAGAAGGUGGAGUCUGAAGUUUCCGAGAAACCUAAAGAUGAGAAGAAGGACCAGGAAGAAGACGAUGAUGUGGUAUUAGUAAAAGAGGAGGAAGAACUGAAAGUGGAACGUCGCAAGUUCAUGUUCAACAUCGCCGACGGCGGGUUCACGGAAUUGCAUACCCUGUGGCUAAAUGAGGAAAGGGCCGCUGCACCAGGACGGGAAUACGAGAUCUGGCAUCGGCGACACGACUACUGGCUACUAGCCGGCAUCGUAACCCAUGGCUACGGCCGCUGGCAAGACAUACAGAACGAUUUACGAUUCGCUAUCAUCAACGAACCGUUCAAAAUGGAUGUCGGCAAGGGUAACUUCUUGGAGAUCAAGAACAAGUUCCUCGCGAGACGAUUCAAGCUGUUGGAGCAAGCGCUUGUGAUAGAGGAGCAGUUGCGUCGCGCCGCGUACCUGAACCUGACGCAGGACCCCAACCACCCGGCGAUGUCGCUGAACGCGCGUUUCGCUGAGGUGGAAUGUCUGGCGGAAUCCCAUCAGCACCUGAGCAAGGAGUCAUUGGCGGGAAACAAACCAGCCAACGCUGUAUUGCAUAAGGUGCUGAAUCAGCUGGAGGAGCUGCUGUCAGACAUGAAGUCUGAUGUAUCGCGUUUGCCGGCCACGUUGGCUCGCAUCCCGCCGGUGGCGCAGCGGUUACAGAUGUCGGAGAGAUCCAUCCUCUCGAGACUCGCCGCCACCGCUGGCAAUCCCGUGCCCGCCGCACAAAUGGCGGCGUUCCCUGCCGGUUUCUCGGCGGGCGGUUCCCUGCCCGGUUUCUCUCCGGCCGCCGCCGCGGCCGCUAACUUCUCCAACUUCCGCCCGCAGUACUCCGUGCCCGGGCAGCCCACAUCCACCGGAUCCUCUAAUAAAUCAUAAGCCUGCAUUAUUUAUACAUCGUACUACUUACAAAUUGACACGUACAGGAUAAAUGGUCACAUAGAUAAUUAUUUUAGAUGUAAGUUUUCCAAGAUUCCUGUUUCACCUUGGGUUUGAAGUGAUAAUUAUAGUGAUUAGUGCGUUAUGUUAGGUAACAUAAUUAUUACGUCGUUUUAAAACAGAACUCUCACAAUAUUAUUUAUUUCAUCCUGAUCUGUAUGAAUCUUGUUUAUUGUGUAAGUGAUUGUGGACUUAUGAAAUCUUUAUUUUUAAUUUACCAAAAAUAAAAAUUGAAUAAAUCAUAUGAUUAAGUGAUAGACUG